CGAGCAGCACCUGAACGCAGCGGCCGCACAGCGCUGUGGAUGAGGCAGAUUGUCCUCCCUGUGGAUCCAGGCAGGCAGCAGGUGGCUGGAGACAGAAAAAUGGGAAACGCAGACAGCAAACUUAACUUCAGGAAAGCGGUGGUCCAGCUGACAACCAAAACUCAGCCCGUCGAAGCCUCAGACGACGUGUUCUGGGAUCAGUUCUGGGUCGACUCCUUCACCACGGUUCAGGAUGUUUUCGCUCUGGUUCCGGCGGCAGAGAUCAGAGCCGUCAGAGAGGAGUCUCCGUCAAACCUGGCAACCCUCUGCUACAAGGCGGUGGAGAGGCUGGUCCGGGGAGCAGACUCCGGCUGCCCCUCGGAGAAGGAGCGCCAGACUGUGUUGAACUGCACCCGCCUGCUCACCCGCAUCCUGCCCUACAUCUUCGAGGACGCAGACUGGAGGGGCUUCUUCUGGUCCACCAUCCCCGGCAGAGCGGGGCACUUGGACCACGAUGCUGAUGAUGAAGGUCGGCCUCUGGCUGAAUCCCUGCUGCUGGCCAUCGCUGACCUGCUCUUCUGUCCCGAUUUCACCAUCCAGAGCCACAAGAAGAACAGCCCGGAUACAGCUGAUGAUAUACGAGCCAUAGACAGCUGUGAGUACAUCUGGGAGGCGGGUGUGGGCUUUGCUCAGGCACCUCCUCUCAACUACCUCCACGACCUGAACAGGACAGAGCUGCUGAAGUUACUCCUCACCUGCUUCUCAGAAGCCAUGUACCUUCCUCCUUCCCCUGAAAACAAAGUCCUCAACCCCUGGAUCUCCUUCUUCUGCUCCACAGAGAACAGACACGCCCUGCCUCUGUUCACCUCCCUGCUCAAUGUGGUGUGUGCCUACGACCCCGUGGGCUAUGGCAUCCCGUACAACCACCUGCUGUUCUCAGACUACCGGGAGCAGCUGGUGGAGCAGGCAGUCCAGAUCCUUAUCGUCACCCUGGAGCACGAGGCUGGCUCGGCCGCCAGCGCCGCCCUCCAGGCCCUGGACCCCUCAACAUCCCCCUCAGCUGAGGAGGAGCAAGAGGUACAUACACCUGGUGGACCUGACAACCUGUUUGUGAAUUAUCUCUCCAGGAUACACAGAGAGGAGGACUUGAGCUUUGUCCUUAAAGGUCUGGCUCGGCUGCUUAACAACCCCCUGAUUCAGACUUAUCUGCCCCGAUCCACCAAGAAGAUCCAGUUCCACCAGGAGCUGCUGAUCCUCUUCUGGAAAUUCUGCGACUUCAACAAGAAAUUCCUCUUCUUUGUCCUUAAGAGCAGCGACGUGCUGGACAUGUUGGUUCCCAUCCUCUUCUACCUGAACGAUGCCCGAGCGGAUCAGUCUCGGCUCGGCCUCAUGCACAUCGGUGUCUUCAUCCUGCUGCUGCUGAGCGGAGAAAGAAACUUUGGCGUCCGUCUGAACAAGCCGUACGCUCUCCGUGUGCCCAUGGACAUUCCUGUGUUCACAGGAACCCACGCCGACCUGCUCAUAGUGAUCUUCCACAAAAUCAUCUCCAGCGGACACCAGCGUCUCCAGCCUCUGUUCGACUGCUUGCUCACCAUCAUAGUGAACAUUUCACCUUACCUGAAGAGCCUGUCCAUGGUGGCAGCCAACAAACUGCUCCACCUCCUGGAGGCCUUCUCCACGCCCUGGUUCCUCUUCUCCUCGCCCCAGAACCACCACCUGGUCUUCUUCCUGCUGGAGGUCUGCAACAACAUCAUCCAGUAUCAGUUUGAUGGUAACUUCAACCUGGUGUACGCCAUCAUCCGUAAGCGAAGCGUCUUCCACCAGCUGGCCAACCUGCCGUCCGACACGGCGUCUAUUCAGAGGGCCCUGCAAAAGAAGAAGAGGACGGGAAUCUCUAGAACGAACUCUGUAGAGAAUGAGUCCAUGGAGGGCUCCAGACCUGCUGUACCUGCCGAGCCAGGCACACUCAAAGCCAGCUUGGAGGCCACUCCAGGAAUCGAUAAGAUAACAGAGAAGUCUCAGGUGAGUCAGGAUGGAACGAUGGUCACUCUGCCACAUUCGGACUCGCCGCACACGUCGACUAAAAGCGGCAUCGCAGCCGGAGCCAGCGACAGCGAGUCCAACUCUGAGAGAGAUCACGAGGUUAACCGCACGCAGUCGGAGUCAGCGAGGAGUCGACUGUCGAGCGUCUCAUCGACGGCCGCGUGGAGCGCUAACUCAGACUGGGUCUCCUCAUGGAAGGCCAAACUUCCCCUACAGACGAUUAUGAGGUUGCUCCAAGUCCUGGUUCCUCAGGUGGAGAAGAUUUGCAUCGACAAGGGUCUGACUGACGAGUCCGAAAUCCUCAAGUUCCUGCAGCACGGCACACUCGUGGGCCUCCUGCCCGUCCCCCAUCCCAUCCUCAUCAGGAAGUACCAAGCCAACGCCGGCACAGCCAUGUGGUUCCGCACAUACAUUUGGGGAGUCAUCUACUUACGUAAUGUUGACCCUCCGAUCUGGUACGACACCGACAUCAGACUGUUUGAGAUCCAGAGGAUUUAGAGGAGCUGCCGGUUUAUCUUCCUCACACCUGAACUGUUAUUAAAAAUUCUUAAUGCCAAGUUAUGUAAAGAUGAAGAAUGUGUAAAUGUUGGAAAACCUCAAAAUAAAAGGAAAAAUGACA